UUGGGCUGGACCUGUGUCUGAAGCUCUUGACUCGCAGGAUGAACACCCUCCGAACUCUGUUUCUCUUGGCCGCCGGCCUCUCUGUGGCCAUGUCUGGCAAGAGGCAGGCGCUCCCCGAAUUCAGGAAAAUGAUCCUGUGCUUGAUGCCCGGCAGCUGGCCGAUUAGGGACUAUGCAGACUAUGGCUGCUACUGUGGGCUGGGCGGCUCUGGCACGCCUGUGGACGAGCUGGACAGGUGCUGUCAAGUGCAUGAUAACUGUUACGGUGAGUCUGAGAAUUACGACGCAUGCAGGCCCUAUAUCGACAGCCCUUACAUCGAGUGGUACGCCUACAAGUGUGAAGAAGGAAGCAAGACGCUCACCUGUGGCGAGAAGAACAACGCAUGUGAGCAGUUCAUCUGUGAGUGUGACAGGAAGGCCUCCGAGUGUUUCGCCAAAUCGACUUAUAACAAGGAGCACCAUAACUGGCCCAAAAACAAAUGUCAGUAGACGAUCUCUGAUGUUAAUCGAAGGCAGGAUCCACUCCCACACACGACACACCCAUCACUGAGCUCUCAGGAGCGGCAGCAGCUUGUUUCGUCCGCUCAUUGAAAUACUCACACUGACUUUGUUCUGUCACAUUCUCAAGGUCAUGGUUUUCUUUUCUCCUUCUCUCUCUGCAAUGCGUCUCUAUUGUUAGCUGUGGAUCUGUAUCCUGACCAGAAACACCAGUACAACUGCAUCUCUCAUUAACUGAUGCUCGGUUAUUCAUAGGUAUAAUCCUGACUCAAGUUUCCAAUAGAGGGCGCUCUCAUCUUGCUCUUUCUUCCCUUGCUUGCAGGAGGUAGUUUACAGACUGUAGACUUUAAUAUUGGCAAAUUAUCAAAUUAUACAAAUGCUUGCAGUACUCAAUAAAGACGAUAAAACAAA